CGCCGCAGCGGCGGCAGCAGCUGGUCUCGGUGUAAACAAGUCGCGGAGGCUGCGAACCCGGGCCGGCGGCGGGUGGGGGGGGGGGACGGCGCCCACCAGGAGCGCCCCCCACUCGCAGGCCAGGCCACCCCGGCGGACUGGACCCCCGCGCGCCCAGGCGAGGCACUGGGCUCCCUCUGCUCCCCCUGGGCCGCUCCCCGCGUGGGGCCACUGCCCCCGGCCCCCGCCAUGGUGCGGAUUUCAAAGCCCAAGACGUUUCAGGCCUACUUGGAUGACUGUCACCGGAGGUAUAGCUGUGCCCACUGCCGUGCUCACCUGGCCAACCACGACGACCUCAUCUCCAAGUCCUUCCAGGGUAGUCAGGGGCGUGCCUACCUCUUCAACUCUGUGGUGAACGUGGGCUGCGGGCCAGCGGAGGAGCGGGUGCUGCUGACAGGCCUCCAUGCUGUUGCUGACAUCCACUGCGAAAACUGCAAGACCACUUUGGGCUGGAAAUAUGUAGUCUGUUAUUAUCUCCACUUUACAGAAGAAGAAAGGAAGGCCCAGAGAUGUUAGGUAACUUCCCCAAGGUCACACAGCUGGAACAGGCCUUCGAGAGCAGCCAGAAGUACAAAGAGGGGAAGUACAUCAUUGAACUCAACCACAUGAUCAAAGACAAUGGCUGGGACUGACCCCUGCUCCUGAUGCAGGUGGCUCCAGCCCGGCCUGGCCGCCAGGGGGCGCCACUGGCUUCCCUUCACCCGAACGGAGCUCUGGACCAUCAGGGCCUCUGCAGAGGAAGGAUCCAGCUCCUGUACAUAUAUUUUAUUGCAUGCACUGUGACCUUGGGGGGAGAUCAGAAGGUGGACAAGGUGGACGACACCCCCGCACCUCCCUGCGAUCUGGCUGGCUUGGAUCUCAUUUUUAACCCCUUCCUGCCCCACCUGCCCUAUAGAUAUGGCCUGUGUGCUUCUCUCUUGGCCCCAGUGCACCAUCUGCCCUGUGAAAUUCUCCUCCCACCGGGCACCUCUUACCCCACACGUGUCUGCUCCCCUUGUUCUGUAGCGUUUGUACAUAAUAAAACCAUGGAGUGGAGACA